UAACAGUGGGGAGGGGGGUUCGGUAGGAGGCACCAGAGGCUAGUUAAAUAUCCGGCCAACCCGACGAACUGCCACCAGUGUUCCGAGAGCCUCCGCUCCGACAACCUGCCCACUACCUCUCCGCCUCCCCUGCACUCUACGGGAACUCCCCGCGUUGCACUACGAACGUUGUUGUCUCUGCUGCCUUUCUCUCUCUCCCUGUGGACUGAGGAAGCGUCAUGAGGGUUUCUCUGCUGCUGAUCUGCGCCCUCGCGGCUCUCGUGGCGGCCGCUGAGUCGAAAAAAUGCAAGGGCGCGUGCGUGUCCGCCGGCUCGUGUGCGGGGAUGAAGACGAAAGCCGAGUGCGACGAUGGCAAGGUCUGCUGCGUGACCGGAAGAAAUAUUGACGUCAAAAGGAAUUGCAAACCCACUCGCAAAUGCGGCAAGCUCAAGGGUGAAUGCAGGAGGAAGAGUUGUCUCCCUGGAGAAGUGAAGUUCAGGAACAAGGGCAAGAAGGUCUUCUGUAAGGGCAAGAAGAAGUGCGUUUGCUGUGCCAGAACCUGCGAAAACAAGGGCUUGUGCAACCUUAAGGGAGGUUUCUGCCAGCCCAUAUCCCUGCCUUGCGACGGCACGCUGGAGACUGGCAAACCCUACUGCAAGGCCAACAAGAAGCUGAAGGGAGGCAAAAAGAACAAGUGCGGAUGCUGCAUUCCAACAGGUAAGUGAUGUUCUUCAGGAAAUGGUCACGUAUUAGCGACCUUUGUUAUCCUGGAUAGCCUUUCCAGGUAUGUGGACCAAUUUUGCUAUAACGUCAUUUUGUAAAUCAGCAGCAUAAUGAGACUUCAUUUGUGCAGAGAACUAGAAUUUUGCAGGCACGUAGUCAGAAUUUCAGUGCGUUAGUGUUCAUAUAGAGAGCAGGAGGGAUAAGCUCAGUUCAUCAUCAAAUCCAUGCAAACAUAUUUUACAGGACAAACUUUUUGGAUGAUAAAAUAUAUCAUUUAUUGUCAUUUCCUUAUUCAUAUUUCAUUCAUGUGUAUCUAUUGAGUACCAACAGCCUGAAGUCUCAACGGUCCCCACCUUCCGCGAACCGUUAAUUCGGCGAUUAACCGCAACUGCAUUUUCGAAAGGCAUUUCCGUUAUUGUCGUCUGCCUUUUCACUAAAAUGUGGCGAUUUCGAUUCGUUCGAUUUUCAGUCGUUCUUUUUUUCUUUUCUUUUCUUAUACUGUGCAUCUAUGCUUUUUCAUGCAAGGGUUCUUUUUAUUUUUUUUUCUUCUAUCUUUCUGCGUUCUGUGCUUAUGUGUUUAUGUAUAAAUCUGCUUUCUGUUGGGUUUGUCUGCUCUCUACUUUAAUUUGAAAAAUUAUAUAUAUUUUUCCUUUUCAGAUUCACUUAUAAUAAUACCCGUACUAAAUGUACUUUUCUAUUUAUAGCGAAGUGGCUGGAAGUGAGGAGAGAAAUCGGGUUCAGAAGCAUGAUAAAUUUGGUUAAUGAUUGUACCGAUAAAAAGAUAUGUAAGAUAACAUUAAAAGGUAGGACAGAA